AUGAAGUACUUGAAAUGCUCUCGAUGUGUUGAGGUGAGAUACGGACAUGACAUUCAACUUGUCUACGAAUCCAUAAGAGCGCCUAAACUCUUGAUCGUCUCCAAUUCCAAGGAGCCUACUCUUCUGAUGUUUUUGUUUCAACAUUGUAGUAGAAGAUGUAAAAAGGUUGAGCAUGGCGAGACAGCUCGUUGGGGCCAUGAUGAGCUCACCAGCCUUGUUGGCGCCUGGAAAAGACAAUCGGGAACAACCAACAACAUCCCACACGGAAAGAGGAAUCUCACAUCUGAUGUGACCAUUCAUGGUUACAUAUACUUAACCGACCUUCAGCUUCAACAGCGAGAAAGCCAUGGACAGAAGUGCAAGACGGUGAAUGGAAGUAAGGUCGCGGAAGGUAUUGCCAUGUCGAAAUUUGGAACCAGAGAAGAAGACUCCCCUUCGUCUUCUGGUGAAAACGAGAACAAGAAGAUAAGCUUCUGCUCAUUACUGUUGCUUAUCCCGUUACCUAAAGCAACUAUAAGCCGCGGUGGUCGCCUUGAGGAGAGAGAGAAGAAGGAACGGACGAAUUCUGGGCUCCGGACUAUGGAAGACCACAUCUUCGACACACAUCGGAAAUUCGAAAGAGACUUGGCAGGCAAUCUGUUCAGUAUAUCCAGCUUUAGUCAUUUGGGAGCGAAUCUGACAUACUUGAGCUUGUGUCUUUCUCAUGAAGAGCUUGCUGUUUACGUUUCAUGA